AUGUCGUCCGGAAUGACCACUGUUUUCACAAAAGACGCCUGCCCUCCUGCUGGCCCCUACAGCCAGGCGAUCAAGGCUGCUGGCCAGAUCUGGGUAGCCGGACAGAUUCCCGCCGAUUCGACUGGAAAACUGGUCGAGGGGUCUAUCACGGACAAGACUGAGCAGUGUUGCAAGAACAUCAAGGCCAUCCUCGAGGCCGGCGGAAGUGAGCUGGGCAAGGUCGUCAGAGCCGGGGUCUUCCUGUCCGACAUGAAGCACUUCGGAGAGAUGAACGCUGUGUAUGAGAAGUACUUCUCGCACAAACCCGCGAGGACGUGCGUUGCUGUACGGGAGCUACCCAAGGGCGUCGACGUCGAGAUCGAAGCAAUUGCUCUUCAAUGA